GGGAACUUUACAGCAGUAGUUCCUGAUGAUCAGAUAUUUAUGCACUGUCCGGACUGCUGUUUUAUAAAUAUAAUCGUGAGAUGGAUCCCUCAGAGGUAGAGUUCCUGGCGGAAAAGGAGAUGGUGACCAUCGUUCCGAAUUUCAGUCUCGAUAAAAUAUAUUUAAUUGGGGGAGACCUUGGCCCCUUCAACCCAGGGCUGCCUGUGGCUGUGCCGGUCUGGCUGGCGAUCAAUCUAAAGCAGAGGCAGAAGUGCAGAAUCAUCCCCCCCGAAUGGAUGGAUGUUGAAAAACUUGAAGAGAUCAGAGAGCAGGAGAGGAAGGAAGAAGCGUUUACUCCCAUCCCCAAUCCGUACUACAUGGAGCUGACCAAGUUAUUGCUAAACCACGCCUCCGAUAAUAUUCCAAAAGCUGAUGAGAUCAGAACCCUGGUGAAGGAUACGUGGGACACUCGCAUCGCCAAGCUGCGCCUGUCUGCAGACAGCUUCGUCAGUCAGCAGGAAGCACAUGCCAGGCUGGAUAAUCUCACCCUGAUGGAAAUUAACACAAUCGGGACCUUCCUCACAGACUCCUUGAACCACAUGUACAAACUGCGCACCAACCUGCAGCCUGGCAAGGAGGCUGGCAAGUCCCAGGACUUCUAGAACACCGCCCCCUACUGGUGAUUAGAGGAACGGGAUCAUCAAGACUUGACAGAACAGCAUUGGACUUUAAGAACAUAGCAACCUGAAGAUCAUUUCAGAAGCCAAACAUUGAUUCUGUUUAAGGCAGUGACUGACCUUAAGCAGGCACAGAAAUGUAUUAAAUCAUUGUUAUAAAAGCAAUGACAUCUGCUGUGAAAACAGCAGUUUUUUGUACAAGGCUGUCCACUUCAUCGUAAACUAUAUAUUUUUGUAUAUAAGGUGCCCUUUACCUGUGCAAACAUUUGACUUCCUUUUUGAAAUUUGAACCUGUCUAAGCAUGCCUCAGGAUUUAGUAAAAACCUAAAUCCAAGAUAAUGUAAAAUGAAUAAUACAAUUAUGCAGUACUGUCUGAUUUAAGAAUAUUACUCUACACCCCUUUUAAAGCAUGAUUUGAUAGAAAUUUAAAUGUAAAAUUGGUAAAGUAGAUUAAAUAGAGUUGUAUAUAAUGUAU